GGAGCCGGGGAUGGGGGGAGGUGGGAGGGAGGGGAAAGGUUGGCAGCGUGUCCAGCACCAGGCCCCCAGGGCUGUGGGCUGCGGGCACAUCGCCCAGCUCCCUGAGCAGGCUGAGCUGCUGCGACUGCAGUCAGCAUCAAUCACCCUCCCCGCCAGUGGGGGAACAGUGAUCGGGGAGCAAGCGGGGGUGUCUGAGCGCCGAGCCUCUCUGCAGAGGGAGCUCCCCUCCUCUCCCACCCUCAAGCAGGGGCAGCCCCCAGCCCUGGAGGAGAACUGAGCCAAGAGGUCUUUCCCCUCCCCUCCCAGGAUGGGGAGGGCCCAGCCCCAGGCUUGCUGGUCACCAUGACAAUGGAGACAGGCCCUGAUGCUGAGGUGAAGAAAGCACAGGAAGACCCUCCACCCCAGCCCCCACAGCAGCUUGAAGCCUCAGCCUCUCAGGCCCCCACCACUGCAGCCCCCACGGGCCCUGCUGGCCAUCCUGAGGCUAACUCCAACGAGAAGCAGGGCACCCAGCCUGAUCCCAGGCACUCGGAGCAGGGCCCAGACAUGGAGGAAAAGGAUUAUGUGGAGACUGACGGCCUCUCCGACCGGACCACGCCCAGCAAGACCCAGAAAUCUCCCCAGAAGAUCGCCAAGAAGUUCAAGAGUGCCAUUUGCCGGGUGACCCUGCUGGAUGCCUCGGAAUAUGAGUGCGAGGUGGAGAAACAUGGCCGAGGACAGGUCCUUUUCGACUUGGUCUGUGAACACCUCAAUCUCCUGGAGAAGGACUACUUUGGGCUGACCUUCUGUGACCCAGACAGCCAGAAGAACUGGCUGGACCCUUCCAAGGAAAUCAAGAAGCAGAUACGCAGUGGCCCCUGGAAUUUUGCCUUUACAGUCAAAUUCUAUCCUCCAGAUCCAGCGCAGCUUACAGAAGACAUCACCAGAUACUACCUGUGCCUACAGCUGAGGGCCGACAUCAUCACGGGACGGCUACCCUGCUCCUUUGUCACACAUGCGCUGCUGGGCUCCUACGCGGUUCAGGCUGAGCUGGGAGACUUUGAUGCUGAGGAGCAUGUGGGGAACUAUGUUAGCGAGCUCCGCUUUGCCCCCAACCAGACCAAAGAGCUGGAAGAGAGAAUCAUGGAACUGCACAAGACUUACAGGGGCAUGACUCCUGGAGAAGCCGAGAUCCACUUCCUUGAGAAUGCUAAGAAGCUGUCCAUGUAUGGCGUGGACCUUCAUCAUGCUAAGGACUCAGAAGGUAUUGACAUCAUGCUCGGAGUCUGUGCUAAUGGCCUGCUGAUCUACAGAGACCGUCUUCGGAUCAACCGAUUUGCAUGGCCCAAGAUCCUUAAGAUUUCCUAUAAAAGGAGUAAUUUCUACAUUAAGAUACGUCCAGGGGAGUAUGAGCAGUUUGAGAGUACCAUCGGCUUUAAGCUCCCCAAUCACCGGUCAGCUAAGAGACUUUGGAAGGUCUGCAUUGAGCAUCACACAUUUUUCAGGCUAGUGUCUCCUGAGCCCCCACCCAAGGGCUUCCUGGUGAUGGGCUCCAAGUUCCGCUACAGUGGAAGGACACAAGCACAGACCCGGCAGGCCAGUGCCCUCAUUGACAGGCCUGCACCCUUCUUUGAGCGUUCCUCCAGCAAACGGUACACCAUGUCCCGAAGCCUCGAUGGAGCAGAAUUUUCCCGACCAGCCUCUGUCAGUGAGAAUCAUGAUGUGGGGUCAGAAGCUGAGAAGUCUGAAGAAGACAGAGACUAUGGUGGAAGGAGAAAGUCAGAGACAGAGGAAGGAGAGCUCCGGACCCCGACCAAAAUUAAAGAGUUGAAGCCGGAGCAGGAAACCACGCCGAGGCACAAGCAGGAGUUCUUAGAUAAACCAGAGGAUGUACUACUGAAACAUCAGGCCAGCAUCAAUGAACUCAAGAGGACACUGAAGGAGCCCAAUAGCAAAUUGAUCCAUAGGGAUCGUGACUGGGAACGUGAACGGAGGCUUCCUUCCUCACCAGCCUCAUCCUCUCCCAAGCAUGAAGAAGGAACCCCUAAAGGGACUCCUGAGAAAGCUAAUGAGAGCCAGAGAACAGAGGACGCCUCCCAGCUGGAGCCGGGAAUUGCCUUAGCCCUGGAGUCAUUCAUCCAGAAAAGUCUUGCGUCGUCUCCUGAGGGUUCGGAGCACUGGGUGUUUAUAGAAAGAGAGUGCUCUCAGCCUGAAGAACUUGUUCUCAGAAACCUGAGCACCCCACAACCAGAGGAGCCCCCAGCCUCAGUCACACCAGGUGAUCUCGCCAGCCCGGGGAUCUCCAAGGUGGAUGUUUGUGUGGAUAAGUUCAGAGUGGAGGUGGCCACUGAAGAGUUAGUCAGAACGAAGGGGCAAGAAGAGACCUGCCAAAGAGGAAAGAUGAUUGCAAGUCCCGAGGACUUUGAGUCUGUGUGGGAAGAUAACGUGUGGACUCAGGAAGGCUCAGAAAGGACUUCACUUGUGGCUAGUCAGGCAUUAGUGGAGAAAAUUCCAGAUACCUCCCAGCCCAGGCUUAACAGCAGGGAAGCAAGCCUUGCAGAAAGCAGAGCCUCGGCCAACCAAUUUGAGGGGCAAAUGGAGCUCAAAAGGGAGCUUGAACAAUUCCAUGCCUGCAGACAGCCUUCAGCCACAGGGUCGGGGGCUCAACAGGAAGUAUGUGGGAUGAAACCUUGGGACUCCUGCUCUGAAAAUCCUGCCUUGGAGAAGGAAGAUACGAAAGUGUCUCCAGAGGAGUCAACCAGAGCAGAUUCCAGUGAUGAGACAGAGUCCUCUCCAGCAGAAAGGAGCUUCUACUUAAGUUUUGCAGACAAAGAACAAGAGGAACUGGCAUCCUUUGUCCCUGAAGAUGAGAAGGUAGCAAAACUGGGCGCCAUCCAGGAAGACCAGAAAAGCCAAGUAGCAUUGGAAGAUGGGUCAACAGUAGCUCCUGAGCUUAAUUCCAGAGACCAAGUGGUCUCGAGUCUUGGCAGUAAUAUGGGUGUGUCCUCAGAAGGAGAUGAGCCCCCAGCUAUAGAUGUAGGGUUAGAUGAACUCAAAGUGCUUUUAGAACAACUGAGUAAAAAAACAUCUCUAAGUUAUAAACCAACUGACAACGAGAAGAGCCCCUAUGAGAGGAGAGAAGGAGAGUUACUUGACCGAAUAGGUGGCAAAUUCACAGAGGAAGAAAUGCCCAAGACGGGAAGUUCCAUAGAAAAGGCUCAGAAAAACCUCCCAGAUGGAUUUGAGAACCACUUACCAAGCCAGGGAGGAAGUGAGUCCCCAAACACGGAUGCAGAUCGAGGUGCUGCUAACCAUCCAAGGGUUCCACAAGGAGAUGUGGAAGGGCCGGACAGACUUAAGGAGGACCAUUUUCUGUUCCAAGAGAGGUCAUUCCACACUGUAGAAGGAGAUGCUGAGCUGAAUGAAAAUAAAGCCUCUAUAGGAUUUCUUCAGAUGGAAGGAAUCAUGAUGAAAGACUCUGCCCUGGCUUCCCCAGGAAAUUCUGAGGCCCUGGCAGCUUGGGAAGGUUGUACAGAGUCUCCCCCUCCAGGAGAACAGUGGCCCAGCAAUGGGCUCUCUCACACCCAACAUCCCACUGUCUUUCCAAAGACUGUCCAUUUUCCAAAGGAAAGUCUGGGGACCAACGACGCGGAAGUCCCUGAUAUAGCUAAGACAAAGGAUUUGCCUGCUACCAAUGGGAAACCAAAAGAUGGAGCCAAGCAGACCAAAGCAGGAGGCCUAGUGCUCACUGCCUUGGAAAGGGAACCCAAGCAGGGGAUAGCUUUCCAAGCUAGUGGUCACGAGGGCUCCCAGGAAGACAUUAGCAAGACCUCGGUGGCCAAUAAAAUCAAGAUAUUUGAGCGAGGUGACACUCAUGGUGCAGAUAACUUCUGGGCAAAUGUAGGUGAUUCCAAGACCCAGCCAGGUGAGCAAGCAUCCGAACCCUUCCCGGGGCAGGUGGAGCAGCAGCGUAACAAACUUGUGGAGCUGGGCUUUGUCCAGCUUCACCCCCCCAGCCAUGUCUCUAGCCCCAAAGCCACAGAGCCUCCUGGGUCAGCACCAGAUACUGGUCACUUCAUAACUAAACCCGGAACAGCCGCAGAUCCUUUCAGAACUGUGUUCAUUGCCCCCGAAUUGCCCCAGGAGAUGGAUGAAGUGCUGAAACACGCAUCCGUGGAUUCUGGCUCCAAGGCCAUCUUGGCAGAAGCCAGGAGUAAGACUCAGGAGCCCGCUUGGGAAGAGAAGGCCUUGUCGGGCUCAGCAGCUAAGGGUGCUCCAGAGGAGGAGAGUCAAGCGGCUGGGCCCCGAGCUGCCCAGAGAGCGGGGCUGAGGGAGGGCUCAGAAGAGAAGGUCAAACCCCCCCGUGCCAGGGCCCCGGAGAGCGACCUGGGAGACGAGGACCAGGACCAGGAGCGGGACUCGGUCUUCCUGAAGGACAACCACCUGGCCAUCGAGCGCAAGUGCUCCAGCAUCACGGUCAGCUCCACGUCCAGCCUAGAGGCAGAGGUGGAUUUCACCGUGAUCGGGGACUAUCACGGCACUGCUUUUGAGGACUUCUCCCGCAGUCUGCCCGAGCUUGACCGAGAUCGGAGCGACUCGGAGGCCGAGGGGCCGGUGUUCCCUCGGGAUCUCGACAAGGCGGCCCCCGGCCGGGAGGAGGAGUCCAAGGCAGCAAGUGAAGGCCCAGAACGAGGGGCCUAUCCCGCCCCUGACAUGCCCCACUUUGAGACUGUGAAGACCGAGACUGUGACCGUGAGCAGCAUGGCCAUCAGGAAGAAGAUUGAGCCUGAGGCCGCCUUGCAGGCUAGGAUCAGUACAAUGGACACCGCCCAGGUGGAUGGGGCUACAACUGGGGGGAAAGAGAUCACAGCUUCACACUCUGUCACCACGGAAACCACCUGCACUUCCGUGGAGAAUAGUCUGAAGUCUGGGAAGGGUGCAGCCAUGAUUCCAGGCCCGCAGACAAUGGCGACAGAGAUCCGUUCCCUUUCUCCGAUCAUUGGGAAAGAUGUCCUGGCCGGUGCCUAUGGGGCCACUGCAGAAACCCUGUCUACUUCCACUACUACCCAUGUUACCAAAACUGUGAAAGGAGGAUUUUCUGAGACUAGGAUAGAGAAACGCAUCAUCAUCACAGGAGAUGAAGAUGUAGAUCAAGACCAGGCAUUGGCUUUGGCCAUCAAGGAGGCCAAACUGCAACACCCUGACAUGCUGGUAACCAAAGCCGUUGUAUACAGAGAAACAGACCCAUCUCCCGAAGAAAGGGACAAGAAGCCACAGGAAUCUUGACCCCUGUGCAAAGAAGUUGGCAUCUCUAUUCAAACCAACUUGGAGAGCAGUUGAGGAGAGGGCCUUCACACUGGAUUCCGCGACUAGACACAGACAACCCAGCUGCAAUGUUCCGUCCCUGCUGAGAGACUACAAAGGAAGAGCAUAUAUAUGUAUAGAUAUAUAUAGGCAUAUAUAUAUAUAUAUACACACACACACACACACACAGCAAACAGAACACAGCCUUGCACUGCUACAGAAGUUGGGGGGAAAGAAAUCAAACCAACGGCUAAAGCAAACCAACCAACCUCCUACGUUCGCCUUUGCAGACAAAAAAAAAAUUGAUGGGAUUUUUAAGAAAAAAAAUAAAAAGAAGAAAAAAAUACUACCACGAUUAACAGAAAUAAAAGCCAGGCCCCUCGUGACAUCGCAGCUGCACAGCAAGCCACAGGCUCUGCAUAUCCUGUCUCGCGAAGAUUCAUGUGUGAUCCACUCCUUCUUUUCCAACAUUUGUCACCCAUAUGUAUGAGGGGAAAUGCUUUGCAGCUAAGAAGCUCCCGCAAGAAAAAUAUCUGAAAGAAGGAAAGAAGUUCCCCACUGACCAAAGGAAGGAGUUCUUUCUUUCUGAGCCUGACCCUGGGCUCCGUGGCUAGUAUCCAGACCCCUCUCUCCGCUCUCCCCCAAACUCAUGCUAGUCUUGACGUACUCUCUCACUACCAUUGCUCCACAAGUUCCUCUCUCCUCUCCUUGUCGCCCCCUCACCUCCUGUGUUCCACCCAGGGCUGCCCAGGGAAUUGUGGGCGACUCGUCAUUGGAAAUAAAAGAAUACUGGAGAGACGAACCCGAAGAGAGGAAAAGUGGAUGCUGCGUGUCUGUGGCUUCUCACUACAAUGGUGCAGCCCAUCGGGGGGGAUUCAUACGGAUGUGCUUUUAAGUUAUGUAUAUUAUAUAUAACAGGGAAAAAUAUUAAAAUAAACAGUGCUGGUAAGUAUGAUGCCGAAGUUUUUAAAUUAUAAUUCUUUGGUUGAUGUAUUCUGAGGUUCUUAGAUCACACUGAAAUCCCCCUCCCCAAGAGGCCUAGAGUCUGUGUGCAGGUUCUGUCUUGGUGGCUGAAGGGAUCAGUGUCGUGAAACAAUGUAUGGUGUUUGUCUUUGGUGAGUUGGGGGGUAGUGAGGGACAGAUCCUGGGGUGGAGGGCAGGGGUUUGGCAAGAAGGCAGCAGAGCCAUUGUCUAGAAUGUGCCAGUUAAAGGGGCCUCACUAUUCUGUGUCCCCAUCCCCACCCCACCCUCACUAUUGGUGUAGCUGAAUUCUAGAGAGGCCUGUUUUUUUGCUUUGGGAAUGAAAGAAGUGGACUUGGGGCUAACUCACCUACCCUGGGACCUCAGACUCCUUCCCUAGGGUAUAGUUUGGGAUCUGGAUCCUCUUUUUAUGGCCACCUGCCUUUUCCUCCCUGGCCAUAUUUGUGGCAGGCCAUUAGUCCUGAUUCUGAGAGCUCAGUAGGGCUUGCUCUGGCCCUACCUCCAAGUCUUCCUAAAAUUCACAAUCUCCCUUCUCUUCAUGUGCCAAAGGAUGAGCCAGAGUGGCAGCAAGGUCUGGGGGGGCCCAGACCCAGGACAAGAAUUGUCAUGGAUCACAGAGGACUUUAAAGCUCAAUCUCAUAUUCUUGUUCCCAAAGCCCAAGUAUGACCCAGUGACCUUGGACAAUUUAUUUAACCUUUCUCUGGGUUUUCUGAUCUGUAAAAUGAGGCAGUUGGACUAAAUCUUUAACUACCCUCCAACCUCUAAAUCCAAGCUGAAAAUCAAGAGUCCUUGAUCAUUGGCUUCCUGCAAAAUAUUCUGGUUCCCCUACCCUCUUCUCUCUGCAUCUGAACUCCCAAGCCCAAGAACAAUGGAGGCUCUUCCUGGGCUGUAGCCAUCACAUCUGGUGUCUAGGUUUUCCAUUGGCUGCUGGCUAGGGCUCAGUGGAGUCAGGGUUAGGGUUAUGGGACCCCCUCCAAGUGGGCUGCCACAGGGUAGGGCAUUAGGGGAGAAAUGCCCCCACUGCACUUUAAACAUCUCCUCUCACUCCACUCCCCAAACAUAUUUAAGUUCUACUGAUCCACCUUCACAGAAUCUCCAAGCUGGACAAGAUCUCAGGCGAUCCAGUUGUAAUCCUAAUCUGAACAGGAAUCCCUUCUUCAUCAUCCCUGACAAACAGGGGUAGUGUGAUACAUAGGGCAGUUCCAUGGCAACUUCCUUGUGGGAUUAUCCAAGUGUGAGUAGAUUCCCUCCAAUCCCAAUGCUAGCCAGGAGGUGAUAGACAUGCUUCCUUUCUUAGCUCACUUUAGAUAAUCAGGUCUUUACUUCAGUGCCCUAUCCCCAAUACUCUAGAUAUGGCAAGAGGUCAGAGUACUACAGGGAUCCUUUGGGUCCCACAGAGAGGAGGUGUAAAAGAGCCCUUUGUCUGGGUUUCCUGCCCAAGAAACUACCCCUGCCCAAGCUACCUAUCUCAUGUGCUAAUGAUUGCUGUAGGCUCUAUGCCCCCUGUGUUCUGUGAUUACUCUUUCUGGAGGGACUCGGGGUGCAUGUGAUCACUGGCUGAGUCCAUUCAUUGGCGAAAUCCAGACAGUCCCAUCUUUUUCUUCCCCAAACAGAUGGGAACCAAGGGAUCAGGACUUUUUGAGGCAGUGAAGCUGCAAAAUAAAGCCAUCGGCUCUUAGCCCCACAUGCCCCCCAUGGAAAUGUUAGACACAGACUUUGCCUCUAUUUCCUCCCUCCUCCAUCCACAUUUUUUUUUUUUUUUUUGCUCCUCUCAGAGGCAGGGGAAGAGAAUAGGAUCCCAGUCUUGUCCAUCACCAACUCACUCUGUCACAUUGGGCAAACGACUUCUUCCUCUUUGAGCCAUGAAAAUUGGCCAGGGUGGGGGGGUAGAUCUGGUAACCCCCAACACUCCUCCAGUUCUAAGAUUCUGUGAAGCCUUCUCUUUUAUUUCUCUGGAUCCCUUCAGGUUGAGGGUGCGGGAAGUGUCAGUGCCUGUUAAAAAUACCGAAUCCUGCAAGCACAUUCCAAGACUGGCCUGCAAUUGCAUGAACAACGACACUAUAAAUAAAUUAUUUUUUUCAGAAGCACCUUUGACCAACCAACUGCGACAGCCUCCUUGUUCCCUCACUAACCCCCACUCCCUUGUGCUCCUCUCUACCCCCUUCCCCCAGUGCUCCGUGCUGUAUGCGUGUGUGCUCUCUGUUCUUGUACUCAAUAAAAGUGAAAUAAAUGUGUUUGAUUCUGAACCAGA